AUGGCGGCGGAACAGAGAAAGCUGCUUGAGCAGCUUAUGGGAGCGGACCAGCUCAUAGGUACCGGCGCUCCCUCUCGCAAUGCGCAGCUCCAAAUCACCGAUCCGAAAGUCUGUCGCUCAUAUCUUGUCGGCACUUGUCCACAUGACCUCUUCACCAAUACCAAGCAAGAUCUGGGCCCAUGCCAGAAAGUUCACAGCGAAGGAUUGAAGACGGAGUAUGAGACCGCCUCGGCGGCCGAGAAGGCCAAAUGGGGAUUCGAUUACGACUAUAUGCGCGACAUGCAGAAAUACAUCGAUGAUUGUGACCGACGUAUUGAUACCGCUCAGCGACGAUUGGAAAAGACUCCGGAUGAGAUCAGACAGACCAACAACUUGCUGAAACAAAUCUCCGACCUAACGAAAACCAUCAACACGGGCCUCCUCGAGAUCUCGGUGUUGGGCGAAACCGGCUCCGUCGCACAGGCCCUGAACGAACUGCACAAGAUCCGCACCGCGAAGCACCAAAAGGAAACAUGUGAACGCGAAUUGAAGAACCUCCAAGAUACCUCCGGUCCGUCAGGUCAUCAGAAGCUGCAAGUGUGCGAUGUCUGCGGCGCGUACCUGAGUCGUCUCGAUAACGACCGUCGGUUGGCGGACCAUUUCUUCGGAAAGAUGCACAUGGGAUACUCGGACAUGCGCAAGGGGUUUAAGAAGCUCAGUGAGGAGCUUAAGGGACGGCCCCCGCCGGUUCGUCACCACGAUGACGAUGAUGGUGGCUGGGGUGGACGCUCCGGUGGUGGACGUGGUCCUCGGUAUGGCGGUGGUGGUUACAAGAAGCGCGGUCCUCGCUGGUAA